GGGUGUUACCUGUAACCGUUGCUUGGCAACGGCGCCGCGGCGCAGCCAUGGCGGACCCGGAGGAGUUGCCCAUCGUCACCUUCGGGAAUCUCAUGUCCGAGGGGAUCACCCUGAGCCGGCGUGGCCAGCACGACAGGGCUCUGGGCUGCUUCAAUGACGCACUGAAGCUGAGAGCAGGGGACAAGCACUGCCUUAUCACCCGCUCCAAAUGUUUUCUGAAACUUGGAGACACAGAAAACUCCUUGAAAGAUGCUGAAGCCUCGCUCCAAAUUGACAACACAUUCCCCGAGGGGCUGUACCAAAAAGCAGAGGCACUGUACACCAUGGGUGACUUUGAGUUUGCGCUGGUGUUUUACCACCGAGGCCGGAGGCUCCGCCCUGAUAUGCACAAAUUCCAGCUGGGCAUCAACAAGGCUGAGGAGGCAAUUGUCAACUGCAUUGGGAAUCCAUCCUCGGUGAAGCUGGAGAGCAAGGAGGAGCUGUGCUUUGUGAGCAGGCAGGCAGAGCUGCAGAGCAAACAAGACAACCAGAAACAGCAGAACAAACCAACUAAGGAUCAAAAACAGAUGAAGAAGAAGAGUCCAGAAACAGAGCAACAGCUUCUGGGAGCACUUUAUGCUGACAAGGCAUUCCUGGAGAAGUUGCUCAAGGAUGAAGACUUGAUGCAGAGCACCACAAGGCAGGGGAUCAAAGUCAUGGACCUGGUUUUGAGUGGCAUCUCCUACCUGAACCAGCGGCGGGACUUCUGGCAGCAGCAGAAGCCGAUGUACGCGCGGGUGUACGAGCGCAAGCUCCUGCGGCAGGAGCGCAGGCGGGACAAGAGAGAGAAACCGUCUGACAUCAGCAGAUCCAUCGCAAAGAACAUGGAGGAUAUCGAGCUGUUGCUGGCCAGAGGUUCUGCUGAGGAGAGCUGCAGGAAAGCUGAGCGUUUGCUGAAACGGAUACAAGCACGGCCAGAGAACGAGGUUCCCAACAAGAAUGAACUGAUUGGGAAUCUCCACAACUGCAUUGGGAAUGCACAGCUGGCCAUGGGACACAUGGAGGCAGCUUUGCGCAGCCAUAAGAUGGAUCUGGAUUGUGCUAGGCAGAACGCUCUGCCGGACGCCGUGUCCCGAGCCCUGGACAACAUCGGCCACGUGUAUGCCCGAAUCGGCAAAUUCCAGCAGGCCAUCAACACCUGGGAGGAGAAGAUUCCGAUGGCCCAGUCCAGCCUGGAGAAGGCCUGGCUGUUCCAUGAAAUUGGGAGGUGCUACCUCGAGCUGGGUAAAGCUGACGUAGCUCAAGAUUAUGGCCAGAGGUCCCUGCAGGCAGCAGAUGAAGAGGGAGAUGUGGAGUGGCAGCUCCAUGCCACUGUGCUGGUGGCACAGGCACAAGUGAAGUUGAAAGAUUACCCAUCUGCAAUCUUGAGUUUUGAAAGGGCUCUGGAGAAGGCGAAGCUUGUGCCCAGUGAAGCUGCUCAAAAUGCCAUCAUUGAGGCCUUGGAUAAUGUGAGCAAAAGCUUCAUUGUGGAGCUGAACAAAAGCGGCAAAGGCAGGACGCUUCCCUCACAUAAAGAUCGCCUCUUCAGCGGUAAAAACGUAAAAAGCACCACUGGGAAUGCGAAAAAGAAGGAAGGGAAUGAAGCUAAAAAACCGUAAGAGGAAGCCAGAAGCGGUACAUAGGCAGAUGGAAACGAUACAUGAGCAGACGGAAAUGUUAGAGGGGGAAACGGACAAGGAAAUAAAGGACAGAAGUGGGGAAAGUAGAGCCUAGGCGGGAAGAUGAAAUAAAUAUUGAGCAAGCGUCA